GCUUCACCCUUUGGACUUGAAGAUGGAUGGUCCAUGAAGUUCCCUUGCUUUCUUGUGUGGCCCCGAGAGAGAUACUCAAUGCUGGAAAGGGAUGAAUGAUGAUACAAAGCUGCAUCCAUCACACAUUAUCGGAAGGAUCAUGCUUGUUCACUGUAUAAUGUGCGAGUCAAUAUGUUGUGGCAAUCGCAGUGUUUCUACGAAACCAGGACAUUGGACAUCCCGUCAAACAAUGUACAGCGUGACGAAGAAAUUUUCGAUAGCUAGACUUUCUUCGCUAUCCAAUGGAGUUCAGAACCUGGAGGAACAGACAACCGGGCUAGAACAAAGCAUGUCCUAGUUUCCGCAGCGGUACGCAAAGCUUUCCGUUCUUGUAUCGGAGA